AUGGCACGUUCUUUCAUCAUCUCCACAGCGCUGUUUGCGCUACAAACCGUUGCGCAGGUUUCGGUUCCCUACACUGACCCCAAGACCGGUAUCGAUUUCCGCGGUUACAUUGAUGCCCGUACCGGCUACCACCUCGGUAUUGCUCUUCCUGAGAACCCUACCACCGACUUCAUUGCUCAGAUCCAGGCACCCAUCACCAAUGAUGGCGGUUGGGCUGGUUUCAGCAUGGGUCAGUCCAUGACCGGCAACUUGCUCGUCGUUGCAUACCCCAACGCGGGCGAGGUCGUCUCGUCUUUCAGGCUGGCGACUGGCUACUCCAACCCUGCAGUUGCCACCGGCGACUUCACCAUGAACCCCAUCCCCGACGGCACAUACGUCAACGACACAGCCUUCUCGUACACCUUCCUCUGCAAGAACUGCAUCAGCACUGAUCCCAAGACUGGCCUGGUCAUCUACGAUGCCCCCAGCACCAACGUUGUCGGGUGGGCUUUCUCGUCCACCCCUCUCACUGACUCCACAUCAGCUUCUGCUGCCUUGAACUUGCACACUGGUUUCGGUGCCUUUGGUCUGCCCAUGACCAACGCCACCAGCGCCAAGUACGACACCUGGGCGGCCAUGGCCGUCGAGGGAAGCACUGGCUCCGGAUCCGCACCCAUUGGUGGCGGUAACUCAACUGCGCCUGCUACACCUAUCGCUGGAAACACCACAGCCACUGUUGCCAACGCAACUUACGACUACAUCGUUGCCGGUGCCGGUCCUGCCGGUAUCAUUGCUGCCCAGAGGAUUGCCGAGAGCGGCGCUUCUGUCCUUCUCAUCGAGCGUGGUGGCCCCUCUUAUGGAUUCACUGGCUACACCGAGAACAUGCCCUGGAACGAGACUGUCUCCAUGUACGAUGUUCCUGGCUACGGUUACUACCUCAAAGAUGUCGGCACUCCCGCUUACUGCGAUGACACCGCCGACAUGGCUGGCUGCCUGCUCGGUGGCGGUACCAGUGUCAACGCUAUGAUGUUCGUCAAGCCCCGCGACCAGGAUUGGGAUGACAAGUGGCCCACAGGCUGGAAGUCUUCCGAUGUUUCCGCUGCUGCUGACCGCGUUUGGGAACGCAACCCUGGACAGACCUACGGCAGUGAGGACGGCAAGCGCUACAACGACGAGGCCUAUGAUGUUCUCUCCAAGUUCUUCGCCGCUCAGGGCUGGGCUGACACCGACUUCAUCAAGGACCCCAACUCCAAGACCGAUGUUUUCGGCCACCCUCCCUGGAACGUCGCCAACGGUCUCCGCUCUGGACCCGUCAGGACUUACCUGCCCCUUGCCGAGAAGCUUGAUAACUUCAAGCUGAUGCUGAACACCAAGGUCAUUCGUGCUGUCCGUGAGGGCUCAUCCAUCUCUGGUAUGGAGGUCGAGACUGCUGAUGGCAAGCGCGUUAUCUACAACGUCAACGCUGGUGGCAGCGUUCUCCUCGCUGCCGGUGCCAUGUCCACUCCUCGCCUCCUGUUCAACUCCGGCAUCGGCCCUGCUGAUCAGCUCAAGACUGUUCAGUCCGGAACGAGCGGUGUGACUCUCCCUGCCGAGGCCGACUGGAUUGACCUUCCGGUCGGUGCUGAGAUCAAGGAUCACCCCAUCUUCACCGUCAAGUUCACGACCAGCACCAACAUGUCCUCCACCGCAUCGACUGUCCUUACUGAGCCUGACCAGACCGAUAUGGAUCUUUUCGCCAAGGGCUCCGGUAUCCUCGCUCAGUCUGGCCAGCGUCUCAACUGGUGGACUUCCGUCACCACCUCCAAGGGCAACGAGGUGUUCUUCCAGGGUACCUGCAACGGACCUUCCGACAACACUAUCCAGAUGAAGAUCUACAUCACCCACGGCUCUCAGUCUGUCGGUUCGCUCGGUAUCAACGCUGCCGGAGCCACUGAGUUCAUCACCAACCCCCACAUGACCUCUGAGGAGGACACCGAGGCCGUUACCAUGAUGAUGGACCGUCUUAUCAAGAUGACCAGCGCUGCCAACUCCACCCUCAGCAUCAUCGCCCCCACUGGCGUCACCAACGUCACCGCCGCUGAUCUGAUCAAGGACUACAAGACCGGCAGCCACUACGUCGGAACCGCCAAGGUCGGCACCAAGGGUGACGCUGGUGUCGUUGUCGACACCAACACCAAGGUUUACGGUACUGACAACCUCUUCGUUGUCGAUGCUUCCUUCCACGCCGAUCUGCCUACCGGCAACACCCAGGCCAUCGUCAUGGUCGCCGCUGAGGCCGCUGCUGAGCGCAUCCUUGCUCUUGGUGGCAGCAACGCAACCGCGCCCGCCACACCUGCCACACCCGCAUCCAGCACCGUCGCUCAGGCUACCAGCGCCGUUGCAUCCGUCGAGGCCACCCCCGCUGUUCCCGUCGGUACUGGCUCUCCCGCUGCGCCUUCCGCUGCUCCCAUCGGCACCGGUUCGCCCGCCGUCCCCAGCGCCGCCCCCGUCGAGUCCGCUGCGCCUUCCGCCCCUGCUGCCUCCGCCCCUGCCUCGCCUGCCGAGACUGCCCCGGCAACCCCUCCUACCGCUUCGUCCCCCGCUGCCGCUACCGUAGAGGCCUACGGUCGCUGCGGCGGCAUUGGCUACGACGGCCCGACGACGUGUGUCCAGGGCUUUACCUGCACCAAGCAGAACGACUACUACAGCCAGUGCACAGCGGGCAGCGCGCGUCGUGCUGCUUUCCCGGUUGUCCGCCGCGACGCGAAGAACGCCAACCGCGCUGCGAAGAGGGCUAGCUUUCUCGAGUCGUACUAGACGGUGGUUCGUGUAGAUAGAGUGGGUUGCACUCUGGAGAUUUCCUGUAUAUACUCAAUUUCAACUGUGUUCAAUUAUUUGCUACGUCUUGCUUGUGACCUAUGCUGGUACGAGUCUCCUCCAUUCGUAACUGCUUCUCGGGGGUCCCGCCCUGACAAUGUGUGAGGAUCUGUGGAUCUCAUGA